CUCCUUUUAGGCAUCUUCUCCUGUCUCUGCCUCCCCGACCUCCUCAAAGUCUCCAGCGUGUCUAAGAGGUGGUAUCACCUGGCCGUCUUAUUCCACUGUGAACGGGAGAAGGCUCCUGGAAGGGAAAAGUCACCUGCCUCUGAGAAGCUCUUUUCCCUGGUUCGGUUCAGCACCCGCUUUACCAGGCCCUGGUCUGUGAAGGGCGUCACACGGGAGGCCCCGCCCGUCCUCCGUGCAGGGGGCGAGGACCCGGGGCCCUGGCGUUAGGAGUGUGGACCCAGCCCCCGCCACCGCAGCUCUGUGUGACCUAGGGAGGCCCUUGACACUUCCCAGCCCCGUCCCCGCCCUUCCCCCUGUCGACAGAAUGGCAAUGAUGGUACCUUCGGGACAGGACGGUUGUGAAGAUGCAGGACAGGGACACCGCCUGUGCGGUGUCUGGCUCUGCGGGUGUUCAGCACGUGGCAGCCGACCACUGCUGGUGUGUUGUUGGUUUGGGGGACACCUUUCAGGCGUGGACAGCCUGUGUAUGGAAAGGUGGUAUCAGGCCAGAAGCGGCGAAAGGAGUUUUUUCAGUUGGAACAUUUUUUCCAUCUCUUUCCCUUCUCAUCCCCACCCAGCCCCUGGCCGUCCACCCUCUCCUUCCACAUUUCAGGGACUCUCACUGGGAGACAGGGGGACCCCUUCCUUUCCAUUCAGGGGCGUGCUGGAAGGGAGACGCCCUUGGUAGGUAUCUACUGUUUCGCUCAUCCCACCCCAGUGACCCCGUCUUAAUUUUCUUCUUCCGCCAGCUGCCCUCACCAUGCAGAGUCUGUCGCUCUUUAUCUCAGUUGUCAUAAAGUAAUAGCAGACGGGUAUUAAGAUUAAGGGCCCGGCACCGCAGUCCUGCCUUCUUACAACAGAAGCCAAGUAGCAUGUUGGCGGUUUCUUUAUGCAGAAUUACUUCACAGCCCGUGCCAUGGUCUGCUUCCUUAAAGCCGUGAUAAAUGAAUAAAGUUCUGGUAGGCAUUCAGUUCUGUUCCCUCACGUGCUGGGCCUGUGCUUCCUUUCUAGGCCCCUGUUUCCUUCCUCAAUUCCUUGCAUUGCAUUAAUCUGGUGGUUAAAGCUUCCUCCUUGUGUGUUCAGUACUGGCUCCUCCUUUUUGCUUUAGAAACACUGUCCAAAACCUAAGUGAUAUUUUCCCCUUGUCCUUUCAUGGUAGUUCAUAUGUGUACGUGUAUUUCUGUGCAUGUGUGGGUGGGUGUGUUCAAGCUUGAAGGGUGUUACCAAACAGAGUUGAACUGUAACAUCUUUUUCCUAGAAGAUGUCCGGGUGGCAUAUCUUACAAUAAAGUGGUGCCAACUUUGCUACUUUUAGUUAUAUUUGCAUGUUAUUUAGGGUCAUCAUGGUAACCUGCUUAUGCUCAACAGAAGUGGCAAGUGGGGUCACCAGGGCCAUCGGAACCUAUCCACCUCAUCAGGAAUCCAUUGAGCAAUUUGAGCAAUCAUUUUUAAAGGUGCCAAAUGGCAUCGGGCACUGGGAUGUUAGUCUCUGAGUCCACAUGCCGCCCUUGCUGAUGGCAGCCUUGAACCACCUAAAUUAGAAAUCCGUGGGGAGAGGAACCUGCAAGCGUCUGCAUGAUAGAGCCAGGAAAUGUUCGGUGGUGCCUGCGAGCUGUCACAGCUGAUUCACCGUCACCUGAGAAACAAAGGUUUGACGAGUCCCUCUGGCAGACCUUGGACCUCACAGGGAAAAACCUGCACCCAGACGUGAUCGGGCGGCUGCUGUCUCGAGGGGUGGUCGCCUUCUGCUGCCCGCGGUCAUUUGUGGACCAACAGCCGGUAGUUGAACAUUUCAGCCCUUUCCGUGUACAGCACCUGGACCUGUCGAACUCCGUCAUCGGUGUGUCCACCCUGCACAGCAUCCUGUCCCCGUGCUCCAAGUUGCAGAACCUAAGUCUGGAAGGCCUACAGCUUUCGGAUCCCAUUGUCGAUAAUCUUGCACAGAACUCAAAUUUAGUCCGACUAAACCUUUCUGGGUGUUCUGGAUUCUCCGAAUCUGCCUUGAAGACUUUGCUGAGUAGCUGUUCCAGACUGGAUGAGCUCAACCUCUCCUGGUGCUUUGACUUCACUGAAAAGCAUGUGCAAGUGGCUGUCGCGCAUGUGUCGGAGACGGUCACCCAGCUGAACCUCAGUGGCUACCGGAAGAACCUCCAGAGAGCGGAUCUCUCUACCUUAAUUAGAAGAUGCCCCAGUCUUGUCCACCUAGACUUAAGCGACAGCAUCAUGCUGAACCAUGACUGCUUUCCUGAGUUUCACCAGCUCAACUACCUCCAGCACCUGUCGCUCAGCCGCUGCUAUGACAUCAUCCCUGAAACUUUACUUGAACUUGGAGAAAUUCCCACACUAAAAACACUGCAAGUAUUUGGAAUUGUGCCAGACAACACCCUUCAGCUGUUAAAAGAAGCCCUUCCCCAUCUCCAGAUUAAUGGCUCCCAUUUUACCACCAUUGCCAGGCCUACUGUGGGCACCAAAAGCCACCCGGAGAUAUGGGGCAUCCGAUGCCGACUGACGCUGCAAAAGCCCAGUUGUCUAUGAAGCUCACGUUGCAAGAUGGUGUCUCCUUUUGUCUUUGGAUCAGGGAAAAUAGGUAGAAGCCUGAUUGCUGAAGCACACAGCUCUUUUUAUUCUUUGUUUUCCCUUCACCUUCCUUCUACAAGUAUAUUAGAGAAGCAUUUGAGAGAGAAAACUAAGCGGUUUUUGUUUUGUUUUGUUUUUAACGACUAUAAAAGCCUCCAUCACUGCCUUGCUCCUAAGGGUCUAGUCGUGGGCCUUAGGAACAUUUCAGAACGAGCCUGCAAUUUCAAGAUCCUUCAAGAGCCAGAUCUGAGUCAUCUCUUCCAAGUGCCCUUCUUAUCAAGUCUGUUUUGAAACAAGCUUAAAAAUCACCAGAAAGCAAGUCAUUUUCUUGAUCUCUAUGGUACCUCAACUUCCCUCUAUUUAAUUCUUCAGUGUUGCUUUAUAAGACAUAGGCUGGAAAAAGGAUAAGCUAUUCAUACUGGGAGAUGAACAGAAAGAAUCAUAGGAUAGUCUAUUUGAGGCAAUCAUUCUGGGGAUAGAAAAAAGAGAAAUACACAUUUCAACCUUUGGAUUUUUGCCAUUAGGUUCAAGAAAACAAAUAAUCCAAACAAAUAAUUCAUCCUAAAACCUAAAUUUUAAAAACCACCCACGGGAGAUACGGAAUUUGAAGGGCCAGGAGGCCAUUUUCUGUGACGGGGUGAGCUGACGUGUGCUCUGAUGCACAUUAAUGAAGUGCCCUCUGACAUGCUGUGCUCCCAGAAUACCGAAGUAACUGGAGAUGUGAUUGUACUCUUCUUACUGUAUAACCGCAUGACGUUAGCGUGAGUUCUUUAGCUUUUAAAAUGCCUGGAUUUGUUUUAUAAGGUGGUGGUCGCCAGUCCGUUUGCAGUGUUGGAGGGAACGCCGAACUGAAGUUGCCUGCCAUUUGCCUUUAUCGCUGAGGUUCUUGAAGUUAUUUUUCUAUUACUCUGGAAGCAAGUCUUUUUAAAUUGUCUUUUUCCUUUCUUAUUUCUUUAGCGUUUCCCACAAUCGCUGUUUUACACUACCCACUUUGUCAGGUUACCGGACCUAAUGUUCCCUGAGCAGAACCGCCUGCCCCUCAGGCAGGGACUCGCCCACCAGAUGCAGGUGUGUGUCCCGUGGUCUCAGAGCAGUAAGCACAGCUUGCACCUGCGGGAAAGUGAAGACUCAGGUGUUGAACCUUUUGAUAGCAUCAGUGCUUUUUUAAUGACCCAUAGAAGCAAAUGGAUUAAAUUCUACUUACCAAAAAAAUUUUUUUCUUAUUUAAAUUGAUCUCCCCACAUGUUCAAAAUGGAACAGAAGAGCCAAAACCCAUCAUUUCUAUUAACAUCGGAUUUUUAAAUCAGAUUUUUCAAAUGUUAGAAACAGUGGCAUCUGCCUAAACCUAAGGAGGAACAUUUUAAAGUAGUUAUCCCAGAAAUGAUUAUGUUUCGAUUCUGUAGUAGUUCAAAGGUGCUAAAUACUACUUGAGAUUAUUGUUUACAGAUCAGUGACCAGGGCUGGGGACAGGAUCCGGUUGGAUUCCGGUUCCGGGUGUCCUCGAACACAUACUUCCAAACUCAAGUCCAGCCAAAAGCUAUUUUGCAAACAUUUCGGAGUAAUCUGUAUUUUUGUAUGUGAUUUCUACUUUUAUAAACUUGUUUUAAAAUAAAACACAUUUUUAGAAAAAUGA